CUCUGAUUGGCGAGGGCUUUCUGUGGCAGCUGGCCCCUGUCUAUACCCAAGUCCUACAUUGAGCGGUUAUUCAUUUUCCAAGUAGUCUUUGAAAGAGACUGACUUAUGAUGGCCUCUUUCAAGCUUGCACUCGUUGUCUUAAUUUCUUACCAGACCACAGCUUUGGCAAGGGUUGUCGGUGGGGAGGGAACACAAAACGCCUGGGACAAACUGAAAAAAGGGGACAGCUGCCAGGACUGUACCCAAAUAAUUGAACUCCUUAAAGACCUUAUCUCCAACCCGGACAUACAGGCCGAGAUCAGGGGCGAAUUGGAGAAACUAUGUGACCUCAUGCCAGGCCCUGCGUCCCCCAAACUGUGCCGGGAGCAAGUGGAUAAGAACCUCCCCCUGGUCAUCACCUUCUUGACCAGCUUCUUCAAACCCACUGAGGUGUGUACCGUGUUGGGACUGUGUGGCUCCCAGUCAGACAGCCAGCAGCAGAGCCUGCUGACCGAUCACAUUCAAGAGGGUCUGAAGUCAGCCAUGACAAUGUCAAAGGUGCAGUUCUCGCCAGAAUGUACCUUCUGCAUAUAUCUUAUCAAGUCACUGGAGAGUAUGCUGCCGAAAAUAAGGACUGAGAUGGCUGUGAUUGAUCUGCUGGGGAAGGUGUGUGGUUUUCUACCCAUGUCCUACAGGAAGCAGUGUGAGAACCUGAUAGAGAAGUAUGGUAAGAUGCUGAUGGACAUGCUCCUGACCUACGCCACCCCUGAGGCCAUAUGCACCCUUGUCGAAGCCUGUCAUGGCAUGGAUACGCCUGUCCUGGAGAGUGCUCCUCUGUCUGACUGUGACUCCUGUCUGACCCUGGCGGUUCUGACUCGUCUACAGCUGGGCUCCAAUGCUUCAGAGCCCCAGACCUCCUCCUUCCUGGCCUCUGUCUGCCAGCUCCACCCCAAGGCCCUGCCCAAGUGUGAUGGCUUUACCCAGCGUCAUGGGCACCAGCUGAAGGGGGUUCUGGGUAAACCAGAGUCUGCCCUUGAUGUGUGUGAGAGAGUGGGCCUGUGUGGGGGAGUGAUAGAGGCAGGAGAACAGGGAGGGGACCCAUGCUCUCUGGGCACCAGCUACAGUUGCAGAGACCUCAAGACUGCCCUGGAAUGCGGGAUGGUGUCAAUCUGCCAGAAGUUUGCGUGGAAGUAAGAACCUCUGCCCAGCACCUACUCUCAAAGUGGACGAUUGAUAAUCCAAGACUUUGAGAGAGCCUGAGGCCUUUGCUACAAUGGAAGAUCCCAAAGCUUUCAACAUCAAAUUACAAAUAUGCUAUUUACUGUGCCAAUAUUGUUCUAUAUGAUAACACUUUCACACAUGAACAUCGCACUGAAUAUUUUGCCAAUGAUAUGAUUUUAUAAAACUCUUCUGUACUUUUAUUUGCCGGCAGCACAACAGUCAGUAUGAAUAAUCAAUGCAUUCCUGCGGGCUAGCGAUUAAGAGAACAUGAUAGACAUUGAAACUAUUUAGAGACAUUAUAUUAGCAGUAAAGGUGGUCUACAAAGCUAAAUGUACUAGGAAAAUGAUCAGAUUACCUCGCUUGUGAUUUUAGCUUUACAUGUGACCUCAAUCCUCAUAUGAAUAUUGGUUGUGUUCUUCAUGGUCAUUAUUUUAUGGUUACUGACAUUAUCAAAAUUAAAUCACGCAAUAAAUAAAAUAACUUUCCCCAUUGA